ACGGUCAUACUUUUUUUCCGGCCAUGGGCCAUUGUGCUAAUUGGAGAUUCAAGAGUGUUAUUUGCUGGACGCUUCAAAGAGGUAUUAAACAGGCCCAAACUGCCUUAAAACGGUGUAAAAUAUUGUGAAUUACAUAAUUCUAAGCAAGUGCCUCGAUAACUUCAGUUUUUAAAUCCAAUAAUGGUAAUGAUAGACGUGCAAUAGGAAUUCAAAAAAGAGCCAACUUUUUUCAAACGCCAGCUGAUAGCACCUUCAGCGCCACGACAAUGGACAGCGUUAAGGUUGAGGCGUUCAUCAAGAGCGAAGAAAGCCGAGCAAUGCCCCUAAUUGGAGGUGGCAGCGUACCAGGAGCCCCCCUCGGACCGGGGUCGGUCGGCGUUGGAGUGGGAGUCGGGGUCGGGGCCGGGUCAUCGACCACGCUAAGCGUGGAACUAUGCCUGGUGUGUGGUGAUAGAGCAUCCGGUCGGCAUUACGGCGCCAUUAGCUGCGAGGGCUGCAAAGGCUUCUUCAAGCGCUCGAUCCGCAAGCAGCUGGGCUAUCAGUGCCGUGGAGCGAUGAACUGCGAGGUGACGAAACACCACAGGAACCGGUGCCAGUUUUGCCGGCUGCAGAAGUGCCUGGCCAGCGGCAUGCGAAGUGAUUCUGUCCAGCAUGAGAGGAAGCCGAUUGUGGACCGCAAGGAGGGCAUUAUCGGGGCGGCAGGUGGCUCAUCCGGCUCCGGAGGGGGAGGCAGCUCCUCGAACUACCUGUCUGGCAAGUCGGGAUACCAGCAGGGCCGUGGCAAGGGCCACAAUUCUAAGGCGGAGGCGGCGGCCACACCUCCCGUUCAGAACGCCCAGGCAACUGCCUUUAAUUUGAAUGAAAACCUGUUCCCGAUGGGUCUGAACUUUGCUGAACUGACGCAGACUUUAAUGCUGGCCACCCAACAACAACAACAGCAGCAGCAGCAGCAGCAACAACAACAACAACAGCAGAGUGGCAGCUACUCUCCGGAUCCUCCAAAGGCUGAACCGGAGGAGGAUGAAGACGAUUCCAUGGACAAUAGUAGUACUUUGUGCCUGCAACUUUUGGCCAACAGUGCCAGCAACAACAACUCCCAGCACUUGAACUUCAAUGCUGGAGAGCCGCCAGCCGCCUUGCCCACCGCUUCCACAAUGGGCCUUAUCCAGAACUCGUUGGACAUGCGUCUGAUCCACAAGGGGCUGCAGUUGCUGCAGCCCAUCCAGAACCAACUGGAGCGCGGUGGGAAUGUGAACGUCAAACCCGAAUGCGAUUCUGAGGCGGAGGAUAGUGGAACGGAAGACGCCGCUGACACAGAACUGGAGCACAUGGACCUGGACUUUGAGUGUGGCGGAAAUCGUGGCGGGGAGUUUGUGGUCAAUGAAGCGGUCUUCGAUCAGGAUCUUCUCACUGAUGCCCAGAGCGCCUUUCACGUCCAGCCGCCGACCCUGGUCCAUUCCUAUCUGAAUAUCCAUUAUGUCUGCGAAACGGGGUCGCGAAUCAUUUUCCUUACCAUCCACACCAUGCGAAAGGUGCCGGUCUUCGAGCAGUUGGACGCCCACAGCCAGGUGAAACUGCUGCGGGGAGCCUGGCCAGCUCUGAUGGCCAUAGCCUUGGCCCAAUGCCAGGGCCAGCUGUCGGUGAACACUAUAAUUGGGCAGUUUAUUCAGAGCACUCGGCAACUGGCGGAUAUUGAGAAAAUUGAGCCGCUUAAGAUCUCCAAAAUGGCUAAUCUGACAAGGAACAUGCACGACUUUGUCCAGGAGAUGCAAACGAUGGAGGCAACCGACCUAGAGUUCGGUCUGCUCCGGCUGAUCCUGCUCUUCAAUCCGUCGCUCUUGCAGCAGCGCAAGGAGCGCGCCUUGCGGGGAUACGUGCGUCGAGUGCAGCUCUACGCCUUGUCGAGUUUGCGGAGGUUGGAGGGAGCCGACGGUAGUGGCUCUGGAGAGGAGCGGUAUAACAGCCUGGUGGCUCGACUGUUUCCCCUAAGCAGCCUGGACACUGAGGCGAUGGAGGAGCUCUUUUUCUCCAAUCUGGUCGGCCAAAUGCAGAUGGAUGCGCUGAUUCCGUACAUCUUGAUGACCAGCAGCACCAGUGGACUUUAAAUGGAAGCCUUUUCAAGCCCAUAGACUAUAAGACUGAAGAUGGACCAAGUGCGCCAAGUGGGCAGUACACGAAGCAAAUAGGAAAAUCCCCAUAAAAUAUAUUUAAUGUUUAGCAGACAAUAUUGCAACUUCUGGAUAGGUGUUAGUCCCUCGUGUAAUAGAAAGAAUUCCCAAUAAAAAUUGUUUUGGAAAAUUUUAUUAAACUA